UGUCUGAGAGAGAGAAAAAGACAGAUAAAGUCAUAUAUACAGAGUAUAUAAAGUCAUUUUGGUUACUAAACCAUUUCUCUCACAUCUCUGCAGAUUUCCAACUUAAUUAUUGGAGAAGAUUGACAAUGAGAAAUAACACCAUUGUGACAGAAUUUAUCCUCUUGGGCUUAACAAACCAAACAGAGCUCCAGAUACCACUCUUCCUUUUGUUUCUAGGAAUCUACUUAGUCUCCAUGGUGGGGAACCUCAGCUUGAUUUUAUUAAUCUGGGUCAGUUCUCAGCUUCAUACUCCUAUGUACUAUUUCCUCAGUAAUCUGUCAUUCAUAGAUUUCUGCUAUUCCUCUGUCAUUACACCCAAAAUGUUGGAGAAUUUUGUAUCAGAGAAGAAUAUAAUCUCCUAUUCAGGGUGUAUGGCUCAAUUCUUUUUCUUCCUUUUCUUUGUGAUUUCUGAAUUCUACAUGCUGACAGUUAUGGCCUAUGAUCGUUAUGUUGCCAUCUGUAGACCCCUGCUGUAUAAUGUCACCAUGGUGCCAUGGUUCUGCUCCCUCUUGAUGGCAGGUGUAUAUAUAAUGGGGGUCAUUGGAGCCAUUGUUCAUACAAGCUGCCUAGCCAGACUGUCAUUCUGUAGGGACAAUACUAUCCAUCAUUACUUCUGUGAUGUUCUUCCUCUUCUGAAGCUUUCCUGCACCAGCACCUAUAUCAAUGAGCUUUUGGUGAUGAUUGUUGGUGGAUUUAAUUUGUUAGCCACAACUCUGCCCAUCUUGAUUUCUUACACUUUCAUUCUUCUGAGCAUCCUUCGAAUACCAUCUACAAAGGGCCGCUAUAAAGCCUUUAGCACCUGUGGAUCCCAUCUGGCAGCUGUUUCUGUAUUUUAUGGUUCUAUCAUUAUCAUGUAUUAUAUACCAACUUCCAACAGUGUGACUCAGGAAAAAGUAGGCUCAGUGUUUUAUACCACAGUGAUUCCCAUGUUGAAUCCUUUGAUCUACAGCCUGAGGAACAAAGAUGUAAAGGAUGCAUUAAGGAAGUUCAUAAAGAGCAGAAUGUUUUCAAGGUCCACAUAACAAGUAACAAAUCUAAAGGCUAUCAGAGUAUUGUCUUUUAAUUCUUCUUAGAUAGUAAAGAUUCCCCUCCAGAGCAGGCCUUAUCUUAGACAAAAUUGUAAUGAAGGGAAGUACAAUUCCUUAAUUUUCUGUCACUAUUCUUGUCUGAGUCGUUCUGCACAGGCUGCCUUCAGAUGCAUAUAGCCUCUCACUCCAAAACUAUGCCUUCAUGUCCCCCCUUAUUUGCAAUUGUACUUUUAUAUUGUACUUCAAAUAAAUUAACAUCUCAUCUCUCACAGAAAGAACAUUUACUUAGAUUUCAAAUUAGUGCAACAAGAGAGGGGAAAAAUAAAGUAAAAAGUGCAUAGCAGAGAACAAAAGAAAACCUACAAGAAAACAAUGAAUGUUGGAAAACAACGUGCAGUAUUUAUUAUGUUUAUUUUCUUGAAAUGGACGUUUAUUGUUUUAUAUUGAAUCCCUUCAUGCUCUUCUGUGUACAUGGGUAAUGUUCUUUAUUUUUUCUUUUUUUCAUCUUGUAUUUAAGCUUAAAAUGAAUUUUAAAAUUACAAAAAUAAGUAUGGAAUCAUCAAAGUGUGCCUCAGACAUCCCUAUUCUCUCUUCAAUUGAACUACUUUUUAGCUCACAUAUAUAUAAUGAUUACCUGCUUUAUUUUGUCAGAAUUAGAAGUCAGGAGACUGAUGAUGAUUUUUUUUUUCAAUCUCUUAAAUGGAAGACUAAUUCAUAAAGUUUCUGCCACAACAAAGGUCAACUGAUAGGAUUUUGAUGACAAUGCUUCAAGCAUGGGAUUUUGGGAAUAUUAACAAUAAAUUUUUAAAAAUUACUUUUGAGGGCAUAAGAAGGAAAGAAGUUCUCCUGAAAACUCCAAUGGCUACCAGAUACAAGUGUGAAUCACAACCUUUUCUCUGAAUGACUUAAUCUAGACAAGGUUUUAUUAUUAUUAUUAUUAUUAUUAUUAUUAGUUUUUUACUCCGGAAGUGUAUAUUGCUGGAAAGAAGCAGUUGCACUCCAUGUAUUUCUCUCCAAAUAAUGACAUUCCCAUAUCAUUUCUGGUGACUAGAAAAGAAUGGAAUUCCUCUGCUGGUAGUGGGAACAAGAGUCAUGCUUACAUGUGGUGGUAAAGUUGUGGACUGGAGUCAGGGAAAACAAUUUUUCAAAUCUUAUGUCUCAACAAUUGGAAAAUCAUCUUUGGAAACUUUUAGACUAUAGACUUUCUAUUUUUGGAUUAACCAAUUGUUAUGUUAAUAUAUGCAAAAAACUCAGAUACAAAAUGCAAAAUAGGAGCCCAAUUUUUGUACCUGGCAUUGUUCAUUUCCAUAUUAGGAGGAUAAGAUUAUGCUAAAUAAUCAAUAACAUGAUGCUUUUUAUGAAAAGAUAGACUCUAAUACAAAAAUUAAUUCUGAUUAAUUUCAGUUAUAACUUAAGUUUCUGGGAUGGGAUAUGGGAAUAAUUCCUAAUAAAAAAAGAAUGACCUCUCUUUAAAUCAUUUAUAAAAUAGACCAGAAGCCAUUCCUCUCAAGAAAACUGAUUGUUCUGCUAUUUUUUUUUCAUUAACAGAGAACCGAGGCAGUUAUUUUAACUUCACAAAAUUAAAGAAUUAUAUCCUUGUUUCAUGGUUCUUUGCAUCAUUUCCCAAAUUUUCUUUAUACCCUUGUGGAAAAUGAAAGGAUCUUAUCUUACAAGGAUUACAUUUGUGUAUAUAUGUAU